AUGAGUUCAACCGCUACGGGAUAUGAUCAACUGGCUUCCCAGUUUUCACCUGAUGGACGAUUAUUUCAAGUAGAAUAUGCAAAGAAAGCAUUACUGAAAAGUGGAACAGCCGUUGGCCUGCGAGGUAAAAGUUGCGUGGUCCUUGCAGCGGAGAAAAUUGCAUCCUCAAAACUUUAUGAAUCUUCCGCAAUGAACAAAAUUUUCUCUGCUGAUUGGCACAUAGGACUAGCUUUGAUAGGAUAUGUACCGGACGGGCAACAUCUCUUGCAAACAGCUAGAAAUGAAGCUGUAACAUACAAGCUAAACUACAAGCAAGAUAUUCCUGUGCAACAUCUGAAACUCCGAACGGCAAUGUAUAUGCACACAUACACACUGUUUGGCGCUUUGCGUCCUUUCGGGGCAGGUUUGAUGCUGGCAUCCAGUCAACCAUGUCCACAGCUAUUCUGCAUUGACCCAUUGGGAACGGUGAACAGUUAUAGCGGAUAUGCCAUCGGUAGAAAUGAGGCUGCAGCAAAAACUGAAAUUGAAAAGUUGGACUUGAAAAACAUGAGUGGUUUGGAGAUGGCGCAUGAAGCAGUUAAGAUUUUGUACAUGAUCCACGAUGAAAAAGAUAAGGAAUUUGAUAUAGAACUGAGUUGGGUGGGAAGGAACACGAAGGGAAAACACGUGAAAGUCCCGGAGACAAUUUUACGAAAAGCCAAAGAAUGGGCAGUAGCUGCUGUCGAUGAAUUAAAUUCAGAUGAAGAAAUCUGA